AUGAGAUUUGGGUUCUUAAAGAAACUAAAGAAUGGAAUUAAAAGUGUUGGAAAGAAAAUAACAGGAAUAGGAGGUAAAUUAUAUAAAACAACAAGUACAGUAGUAUCUAAAAUACUACCAAUAUCAAAAACAAUAACAUCAAUAAUACCUGGUGGACAAAUGAUUGAAAUGGUACUUGAUAGACUCCCUAAAUGGUAUGAAACAAAUGGAAAAACACUUACAGAAAUAAGUGAAGGAAAGAAAAUAAAAGAUGUUAUUAAAGAUUAUGGAAAAACACUUUAUAAUGAUGUUAUUUUAAAUAAAAAUAAUACAAAUCAUUAUAAUUUAUCAUCAUUAUCUCCUUUUGAACAACAAAAAUUAACAAAAUAA